AUGUCUUCCACCAAUGAGCAUGGUCAGGGUGCAUCGCACGCCACUGGUCAGAGUGCCGUCCCCAAGAAGGUUCAGGAGGCUGCACCAAAGGGUCUCGAGGAGAGCCUCCCUGAAGGUGUCCACCCCACUGGCAGCAACCCCAACAGCCAGUCUACCAGCAAGACCCAUGCUCUGAACGACGGCGAGGACUCGAUCGUCCCCAAGAAGGUCCAAGAGAUCGUUCCCGAGUCUGUCGAGCGAGCUCUUCCUAACUCGAUCCACAACACCGGAGACCAGUAA